AUGGAGCGAGUUAAAGAGAUCGUGACGCAUUGGAUGCAACAAUACGUACAUCCAGCCAUGCCUGGUCAAGAGGCUACUGUUAUGGUCAUGGUUGCUGACUCUAUGCACGAUCCAGAGUUUGUAAUGAACGUGUACACGUGUUUACGAGAUGCAGACGUGUCGCCGUCUCCCCUUACGCUCGAGUAUUCAGCAGCAGCUUGUGCUGAGCUCGGUCAAUGGCGCACAGCGCUUGAGAUCAUUGAUUUCAUGCACGAGGCAGUGGAGAUCAUGCAACCAUCAUUAACUAUAUAUGAAAAUGCAAUUGCAUCGUGUCAUGUGGCGAAGAAAUGGAUGAGAGCAAAACAUUUGCUUGAAGAGAUGCGAACGUAUGGAUUGGAAGCGUCUCCUGAGCUGCAUGUGGCGUCGAUACGACUUUGUAUCGACAAUAAGGAAGCUACAGCUACAAAAGUACUUUUGGAGGCCUUUUUGCGUGCAUAUGACGAAGAACUGGAUACAGAAGUAAAACAUGAGAUUGUAACGGUUCUUUUUCACGCAUCAAUAGACGCACAAUCGCUAUCACAAGCACUUUACUUUCGUGAUGAGCUAUUGACUCGACAUUUUCCUGUCUCGAAGGAGCUAUACUCGCGACUUAUUCAUUUGUGCGCUAUAAAGCGUCAAUGGCACAAAGCGCGCACAUUAUUGCAGCAGUUUGUCGAUGUUAACGCUCCUCCGCCGACAGCAGCUCCAUCCAACCGAUAUACAGACGAUAUACGGUGUUUGCUGGGAGACAUGGAGACGUACGACAUUGAAAUCCCGCUGGCAGUGUACAAUGCUGCGCUGAGAAAUUUUGGUCAAUUGUCAUUGGGUAAUGAUGCCAUGGCUGUUUACUUGGAAAUGCGCGACCGUCACGUUGCACUUGAUGCUACAUCAUAUGCAGCGCUGAUAUGCUCGUGUGGUAUCCAAGUCGAACAAUCGGAAAUUUUCUUUUGUGAGUUGCAGCGCGACAAGUGCGAUCCUACGCUUGACGUGGCGCAUGCAUAUUUGCUUGUGCCCAGUCGUGCAAAGCAGUGGGAAGAAGUGCUACGAAGGUAUGCUGUUGUGCAUGAUGAGGAGCCACUUUUUAAAGAUCUUCCGUUCGAGUCAGACGUACGAAUUCAGUCGCUUGUUGCCAUUGCUUACGGACGACUCCAUCGGUCUGAAGAAAUGCUUCGCGUAUUUACAAAAAUGAAGGUGAAUGGGAUGAAUCCUAAUUUGCAUGUGUAUGGUGAAGCAAUAUUUGCGUAUAUCCGUCAAGAUCAAUGGCGGUUUGCGCUCAUGUUGUUCGACCACCUUUUUCAACAGCAGACGUCGGAGAUGCAGGAGAAGCGGAUACUUGAAAACUUUCCCAUGUUGUGGGAUGCCGCAGUGUUGGCUUGCGUGCAAGGUGAGCAAACUGAGCGUGCGGCAAUGCUAUACGACAUCAUCGUUGAUCAGGGUGUCUCGAUUUCAAUGGUGACAGGGGAGCGUCUGGCUGCGUUUCUAACCAGUGUUCCUUCUGAAACACUAUGGCGGUCGUUUAAAUCGAUGCCAUCGCUACACCGAACACAGACAAGGAGUCGUUUGAACCCACGCGUACAAAAUGCUAUGCUCAAACGUGCUGUGGAGGAGAACGACAUCAAAUUAGCUGAGCAAAUUGUGACUGAUGGGAUCCACACGAUGAAAAUGCUGCCUAACUCCAUGACGUUUGCGCUAAUGCUGCGAUUGUACGCAAACCGUGGGAACCAGGAGAGCUUUCACUCGUGGUGGUGUAAAAUGGACGAAAGCAAGGUAAAACCAACCUUGUUUGUGUUCCGCGCGCUAAUGCAGCAGUUAUGCAAUCUAAGUCUCGAUUGCGAGGACUUGGCGUACUUGAACGCAAUUGGAGACUUUUUCCGAACAAGACAACCUCGUUACUCGAUUUCAGCUGUCGUGAAUGAUGAAAACACAACGGAAUAUGCUGCAGAGCUUGGACGUAUUGCGUUGAACAUAAUGGAAGGUUGUGGUAUGGGUCCGGACACAAUAUGUUUACAAAAUUAUCUGUUGCUUAGUCAAGAACCGGAUCAUGUCGCCCAUGUUCUUGUGCUUGUGGAAAACACGAUGGCGGCAAUCAACGAGCAUGAUGAAAACACCGCCAAGGAAUGCGUUCAUCUUACACCGCGGUUGUUGCACACGCUGUUUACGGCCUUGAGUACUUUUCCAGAUGGACAGCGUGUUCGCAAGCUUUUGAUACAGAUUGUAAAGGACCUGCCAAGCGAUCUUUCUGAAGAUGCUAUUGCUGCUUUCUGCGCAGCAAACGAUGGCUAUCACGCGUUACAGCUUUUAUGUGAGCUGUUGGAUGCAAAGAUCUGCCUCAACGACGAUCAUGUCUUGUUUUUUCUCACAAACAGCUACACGUGUGAGUCGUCUACUCAAAAGAGUCAACAUUCCCGUCCAAGAAGUGCAUAUGGAGUGAUAGUGGAUAUGGCCUCACGAUUGUGUGAGAGUGAGACCGUAACGAUGGAGGCUGGGUGUCUGGCCUUCUUAAUUCAGCACGUUGUGGAUCUUUCGAAGUGGCAGCAGCAAGACGUUUUCGAGACAGCGACCCAGGACGAGAUCCAUGCCAUGAAGAAGUUGUUGGUUCGUGCAUUCGCGCACUUUCCUAUCUCUCAGGUCACGAAGUUCCUUUCGAAGGUGAUUGCUGAAGAUGACCUUGUUCAUGUCGUAAGCGUCCUUGACGAGCUGCAAGGAACACAAGAAAACCAAUAG